CCUCGCUCCGGGACUGGCGCCGGCACCGGGAGAGAGAUGCGCCUCGGAGGCUGCGGCUCCUCCCCAGCGGCGGCGGCGGCGGCGGCAGAGGCUGAUCAUGGAGAUUGAGAACAUCGUGGCCAACACGGUGCUUCUCAAAGCCCGGGAAGGAGGAGGUGGUAAACGACAUGGUCGAAGUAAGAAAUGGAAGGAGAUGUUAAAGUUACCCCACAUCAGCCAUUGUAAUGAACUCAGAUAUACCAUUGAAAAGGACUAUAACAGUCUCUGUGACAAACAGCCCAUUGGAAGACUACUUUUCAGGCAGUUCUGUGAUACAAAGCUUGAUCUAAAGAAAUGCAUUGAAUUUCUGGAUGCAGUGGCAGAAUAUGAGGUGGCUUCAGAUGAAAAUCGAAGAGAGACUGCUCUGACGGUUUUAAACACAUACUUCAACAAUGGGUCUGCUGCCCAUUUACCGGAAAUACCUCAGGAUAUAGUGAAAGAAUGUAAAGAGAGGCUGGAGCAGAGCCCUUGCAAAGAGCUUUUUAAAGACUGCACUAGGGUUGUCCAUGAUUAUUUAAGUGGAAGACCAUUUGAGGAGUACCAAGAAAGCAUGUUUUUCUCUCGAUUUUUACAGUGGAAAUGGUUGGAAAGGCAACCUGUAACAAAAAAUACAUUUAGACAUUACAGAGUUCUAGGAAAAGGAGGAUUUGGAGAGGUAUGUGCCUGCCAAGUACGGGCAACAGGAAAAAUGUAUGCUUGUAAAAAGCUGGAAAAAAAGAGAAUUAAGAAGAGGAAAGGAGAAUCUAUGGCAUUAAAUGAAAAGAGAAUUUUAGAAAAAGUGCAUAGUAGGUUUGUAGUUAGUUUAUCCUAUACGUAUGAAACAAAAGAUGCCCUAUGCUUGGUGCUGACGAUCAUGAAUGGAGGAGAUUUGAAGUUCCACAUAUACAAUAUGGGAAACCCUGGCUUGGAUGAAGAGAGGGCUAUUUUCUAUGCUGCAGAGCUGUGCUGUGGCUUGGAAGAUUUACAAAGGGAAAGAAUUGUUUACAGGGAUUUGAAGCCAGAAAACAUUCUCCUGGAUGAUCGUGGACAUAUCCGCAUCUCAGAUCUUGGGCUAGCUAUGCAGAUCCCAGAAGGAGAAACAAUCCGAGGAAGAGUUGGAACAGUUGGCUAUAUGGCUCCAGAAGUUAUCAAUAAUGAAAACUAUACAUUUAGUCCUGAUUGGUGGGGACUCGGCUGCCUAAUUUAUGAAAUGAUUCAGGGACAAUCACCAUUCAGAAAACGCAAAGAGAAAGUCAAACGUGAGGAGGUAGACCGCAGAGUGAAGGAAGACCAAGAAGUGUACUCCGAGAAGUUUUCAGAGGAGGCGCAGUCUAUCUGCAGGAUGUUACUUGAGAAAGAUCCAAGAAAACGAUUGGGCUGCAAAGGAGAGGGAGCUGCUGGCGUGAAACUGCAUCCUAUUUUCAGGGACAUUAACUUCAAGAGACUGGAAGCAAACAUGUUAGAACCCCCUUUCUCCCCUGAUCCACGUGCAGUAUAUUGUAAGGAUGUUUUGGAUAUUGAGCAGUUCUCGACAGUAAAAGGAGUGAACCUGGAUACUACAGAUGAUGAUUUCUAUUCCAAAUUUGUUACAGGCUGUGUCUCCAUCCCCUGGCAAAAUGAGAUGAUUGAAACAGAAUGUUUCAAAGACAUCAAUGUAUAUGAAAAUGACAAAUUGACAUCAGAUCUAGAUCUUAACAAGCUUACUCCGAGACCAAAGAGAGGCUUCUUCCAUAGACUCUUCAGAAGAGGGGUCUGUUUUAAAUCUGGUUACAGCGAUGAUGAAGAAGAGCCAACAAGACUUUAAACCACUGUAUAGCAGCCAAAAAGCCAAAUGCAAAGAAUGAGUAAAUUCUGAAUAUUUUACUGUAUCUAUGAACUGUAAUAAAAAUUUUAUUAUAAAUUUUAAAA